UAUUGAACGGCUGAGAUCUUCUCCAAUCAUUUCACUAUUAAACAUACCUUCUAAAACCCUAGUUCUUGCAAUAGCACCAAAACUGCUAUCCCUCGUAUCUGUAGCAUCUCUAUCUGAUCAAUUUCUACACCAGAAUCUUGAGAUACAAUGGCAGCUAAUAAUUCACCACCCAUAGUAGACAAGGAGCAGAUAUUUGGUAUGGCAGCACAGGAAAUGGAAUAUAGAGUUGAAAUGUUUAACAAGCUUACUCACACAUGUUUCAACAAGUGUGUUGAAAAAAGGUACAAGGAAUCUGAACUAAACAUGGGUGAAAAUACCUGCAUUGAUCGCUGUGUUUCAAAAUAUUGGCAAGUAACUAAUUUGAUUGGUCAGCUGCUUGGUACUGGCAAACCACCUAUGUGAGGAAUGGAUAUUCAUCAAGCAAAGAGUGGAUGAAUUUUUGGCCUUCUAUAUUAAACAGAUUAUGUGACUACCAUAGGAGAGUUGGUGAGCGUGUUGUCACGUUCAUUUCAUAUUGUUGUUUUAUUAGCAGCAGGAUUUAUUCCUCGACUCCACUUGUAAUACUUGGAAAAUUGGGUCUUUCAUAUUUAAUUUUUUUGGGCAUUUGUAAUAAUUUGUGGCAGUGCUGUUACAUAUUAUAACGACUAUUUGACUAAUGUAUCAAAAGCAGAUAUAUGGUCUUACCGACUAGUAAUUGGAAGGUUAUGUUCACAA